AUGGACUUCCUACCACUGCGUCAUCUUCUUCUUCUCAUCAUCACUUGCUUUCCUCCUUUUCUGCAGCCACUUUGUCAUGAUGAUGACAGCAUUGCCUUGUUGGAGUUCAAGAACAGCUUUAAUAUAGCCAAGUUUGCUUCUGCAAAUCCUUUUGCGUAUCCCAAAGUUUCAUCCUGGAGACUAGAAGAGAAUAGAGAUUGCUGCUCAUGGGACGGUGUGGAGUGUGAUACUGACACCGGUCGUGUAGUUGCUCUAGACCUUAGCAGCAGUUUUCUUCGUGGUUCAAUGAACUCCACCAGCACCCUCUUCAACCUUUCUCAACUUCAAAGGCUUAACUUUGCUGAUAAUAAUUUCAACUUCUCCCAGAUCCCUUCUGCAAUGAAUCAUCUUUCAAGGUUAACAUAUCUCAACCUUUCUGCUUCAUAUUUUUAUUGUCAAGUUCCAUUUGAGAUCUCACAACCAUCUAAUCUGUCUUUCCUCAAUCUGUCUUGUAAUGACUUGGUAUUGAAGAGUCCUAAUUUGAGUAGCUUGGUUAGAAAUAUAAGUAACCUGAAAGAACUUCAUCUUAGCUAUGUUGACAUAUCCUCCGGUGUGCCUAGCUUUUUGGCAAAUUUCUCAUCAUUAACAUCCUUACUUCUAGAUGGUUGCAGCUUGCACGGUGAGUUCCCAAAUGGAAUUUUUCUACUUCCAAACCUACAAGUCCUUGAUUUGCAGAACAACCCUCAUCUUAUGGGUUAUCUACCUGAAUUUCAAUCUAACAGUUCUUUUGAGGUACUGCUACUUCACAACACAAUUUUUUCCGGGAAAAUACCCUCUUCCAUCGAAAACCUUCAUUUCCUGGUUCAGUUAGAUUUUGGAGUAUGUAGGCUUUCAGGGUUGGUUCCAUCUUCGCUUGGUAAACUAACCAGGCUUACUUCUUUGGACCUUUCUGGAAAAAUAAUUUUGAGGGAAAUGAAUUCCCUUCUUUUCUUCAAAACCUCACCCAGCUCAUCAAGUUAUGGCUUGAAGAAUGUCAGUUAA